AUGAGCUACGGGACACCAGACUGGCAAGGCUGGGUGCUCAACGAAGAAGACUCACUCCCCUUACUAGAAUACGCAUACAAAGCCGGAAUACGCACAUGGGACACAGCGGACGUGUACUCGCACGGGCAAUCGGAGCAGAUCAUCGGCAAAGCGAUCACCAAGUACCAGAUCCCGCGGGAGAACCUGGUGAUCCUGAGCAAAUGCUAUUUCGGGGUGACGCCGGACGUACCGGGGAACGCCAUCUCGGUGAGCAGCGUCAACGACAACGAAAUGCUGAACCAGGUGGGGCUGAGCCGGAAGCACAUCCUGGACGCGGUGGACAAGAGCGUGGCGCGCCUGGGCACGUACAUCGACGUACUGCAGAUCCACCGGCUGGACCGGUCGGUGCCGCGCGAGGAGAUCAUGCGCGCGCUGAACGACGUCGUCGAGUCUGGAAAGGUGCGCUACAUCGGCGCCUCCAGCAUGGCCGCCUGGGAGUUCCAGGAGCUCCAGAAUAUCGCGGACCGCCAUGGCUGGCACAAGUUCAUCUCCAUGCAGAACUAUUAUAACUUGAUCUACCGCGAGGAGGAGAACGAGAUGAUCCCCUAUUGCAACCACACGGGCGUCGGGUUGAUCCCGUGGUCGCCCGUCGCCAGAGGCGCGUUGACCCGGCCGUUUCAGAGUCGAGACACCCUGCGAGAGAAGACGGAUAAUUACCUCAAGGUGUUGGUGCGGUCGAGGGACGACAAGGUCGAUGAGGAGAUCAUUGGACGGGUUGAGGAGGUCAGCAAGAAGAUUGGGAAGAGUAUGGCUCAGGUGGCGAUUGCGUGGGCUUUGAGCAAGAAGGAUGUUUGUCCCAUCGUUGGGCUGAACAAGCCGGAGAGAAUCGACGAGGCUGUCGAGGCGACAAAGAUUAAGUUGGACGAUGAGGAUAUCAAGUAUCUGGAGGAGCCAUAUCAGCCCAAGAAGCGACAGGGGUAUUGA